GAAUUAUAUUGUAAGCCACCGGCCAUGCUUUUUUCUUCUUCUUCUUCUUCCUUUAUACUUCUAUUUCUUCAAUUCUUUGAUAUAACCUAACCUUCUAUGUCUAUGGCAAUUCAAUAUUCAUAUUUAGGUUGGAGCUUCAAGAUAUCCAUGAUGAAAGAGCUUGUUUUGUGUCUUCUUGUGUUAUUGACUAAUGCAAGUUCUUCGUAUGCUCGUUUAUUAUUGAACACAACCCAAGAAGAAGUCGUCGAAUUUAGAGAGCAACAUAGAAGAGCCAUGCUUGCUAAUGGACUUGGCCGGACACCCCCGAUGGGGUGGAAUAGCUGGAACCAUUUCCAAUGUGAUAUUACUGAGGACUUGAUCAAAGAAACAGCUGAUGCUAUGGUGUCAACAGGCCUUGCUGAUCUAGGUUAUCAAUAUAUUAACCUAGAUGAUUGUUGGGGUGAACUUAAUCGAGAUUCAAAGGGUAAUUUGGUUGCCAAAUCAUCAACAUUCCCUUCAGGAAUUAAGGCUCUUGCUGAUUAUGUACAUAGCAAAGGUCUAAAGUUAGGGAUCUAUUCUGAUGCAGGAAAUCUAACAUGCAGUAAAAAAAUGCCUGGAUCACUAGGGUAUGAAGAUCAAGAUGCAAAAACAUUUGCUUCCUGGGGAGUUGAUUAUUUGAAGUAUGAUAAUUGUGAUAAUAAUAAUAUAGACCCUAAAGAAAGGUACCCGCGAAUGAGUGAAGCUUUACUAAACUCGGGAAGGCCAAUCUUCUUCUCUUUGUGUGAAUGGGGAUCAGAAGACCCGGCAAUAUGGGGAAAAAGUGUAGGAAAUAGUUGGAGAACAACAGGAGAUAUUGAAGAUAAAUGGGAGAGUAUGACAACUCGCGCAGAUCAAAAUAACAAAUGGGCUUCUUACGCUGGACCUGGAGGUUGGAAUGAUCCUGAUAUGCUUGAAAUUGGAAAUGGAGGCAUGACAACAGAAGAAUAUCGUGCCCAUUUCAGCAUAUGGGCAUUAGCUAAGGCUCCUUUAUUGAUUGGUUGUGACAUUCGAGCACUGGAUGACACCACAAAGGAACUACUAAGCAACUCAGAAGUAAUUGCAGUAAACCAAGACAAACUAGGAGUUCAAGGGAAGAAGGUGAAAAGUAAUGAUGAUUUGGAGGUUUGGGCAAGUCCUCUCAGUGGUAACAGGCUAGCAGUCGUUUUAUGGAAUAGGAGUUCAUCGAAAGCAAUGGUAACUGCAGCUUGGUCUGACCUAGAUUUGGAACCAGGAACUUCGGUUGAUGUAAGAGAUUUAUGGCUGCAUUCAACACAAUCAUCAGUUUCAGGAGACAUAUCUGCUGAAUUAGAAUCACAUGCUUGUAAGAUGUAUAUCCUGACGCCCAUCUAAGUUCUCAAUAUAUUGAGAGGCAAUCUACAAUAUAGAAUGUUUAGUGGAUAUCCACAUAGUUGAAAUGUUCAUCCAUUCUUGAUAGAGAUUCAAAUUCACUAAUGUACUUAUCAGUGUUUCAGUCACUAUGUUUUUUUUAUGGCUCAAGUAAAUCAUUCGAUCCUUAUGAGA